AUGGAGAAAACGUAUUCCCUAACUGCUCACUACGAUGAGUUCCAGGAAGUCAAGUAUGUCAGUAAAUACAACAGCAGUAGCACCCUCUCCAAUGGGUUCAACAUCCAGGUUAAUCCCAAAAAGCAAGCAAAGACCAUUCCUCGCUGGAGCAGAAGGGAGACCUGCCUAUUAUCUGGACUAGUCUUUGCCGCAGGACUAUGCAUCAUAUUGGGGUGCAUGUUGGUGCUAAAAUAUUUGUCACUGGAACAAGAUGGGCAAUGUCUGGACGGGUGUCAAGAAAGAAAAGCUUUCAUGAGGGCUUCCAAAUUUAUUAGCAACAAUAUAGACCCCACAAUAUCUCCCUGCAAUGACUUCUACUCCUUUGCCUGUGGGGGAUGGAUGAAAAAACAUAGGAUCCCAACAGACAAGCUCAUCUAUGGCACGAUUGCUGCUAUAGGUGAACAUAAUGAGGAGAAGCUGCAGCACUUGCUCCUACAACCUGUGCGAAGAAAGCACAGACAUUCUGCGGAAAGGAAAGCAAAGGAGUUCUUCAGAUCUUGCCUCAACAUGAGAGACAUUGACCGCCUGGGUGCCAAGCCCAUGCUGCAGGUUAUCGAGGACUGUGGAGGAUGGGACUUGCCAGAGAACCCAAGAACUAGGUGGGACUUUAAUGAACUUCUAUAUAAAACCCAAGCAAUCUACAGCACAGCAGCAUUCUUCUCGAUGACCGUCAACUUAGAUGACAAGAAUGCCUCCAGAUAUGUCAUCAGGGUAAGUGAUUUGUAG